UCAGGUCUCAUCGCAUUUACAGCCUGUUUCUUCUGGUCACACAAGUUAUCUCUGCUACCUGCUGUACCCUUUGAUCUAAUACCGAAGAACCACAGGGACUGUACGGUUCCAGUGCUCUCGAGCAGCUGGCGAUUGACCAGGUGGCGCUGGCAAGAGAAGACUUGACCCAGGCUGUGGGGAAAUUCAUGUCGGAGAAGGACGAAAAGAAAAAGGAGAUUACCCUAGCCGACCUGGUUGUCUUCGAGACUACCCAGAUGUUGUCGGAAAAGGAACCACAGACUCUGGACAAGUAUCCCGAAAUCAAAGCCCUGAGAACGAAAGUAACCGGAUCUGACGGAAUCAAACAGUACUUGGCGACCAGAAAACCAACGCCUUUUUAGAUCCUGUCAUGUCUUUGCAUUCUGAGCCAACAGAUAUUUCAUGACCCGAGAAUAACAAGGUUCUACCUCCAGAGUUUUCGUUUUUAGAGCUAUGUUUUUUGUACUAGUAAGAGUUUUACGGCACUUGCAACACAAUUAUUAAGUCAUACAAAUGCC